AUGAAAUUCAAAAACCAAACAGCAGUUUCAGAUUUCCUACUCCUGGGACUGACAGAUGACCCACAACUUCAGCCUCUUAUCUUCAGCCUGUUUCUGGUUAUCUACCUGGUCACCAUCCUGGGAAAUGUGCUCAUCGUUCUGGCAGUAAGAUCUGACUCCCAUCUCAACACCCCCAUGUAUUUCUUCCUCUCCAACUUGUCCCUUAAUGACAUCUGUUUAAGCACAACCACCAUCCCAAAUAUGCUGAUGAGCAUCCAAACACAGGAUCAGAGCAUCACCUACAUAGGGUGCCUCUCUCAGAUGAGCAUUGUCUUGAUUUUGGGUAAUUUAGAAAAUUGUCUCCUUGCAGUGAUGGCCUAUGACCGCUAUGUGGCUAUUUGUCAUCCCCUGAGGUACCUUGUAAUCCUGAAUUCCUGCUUCUGUAUCCUGUUGGUUUUGUUCUCCUUGCUCAUUAGCACUGUGCACACCCUGCUCCACACUCUGAUGGCAUUGAGGCUGUCCUUCUGCACAGACCUUCAGAUCCCUCACUUCUUCUGUGAACUCGCUCAGAUCAUCAAGCUCGCCUGUUCUGAUACCUUAGUCAAUACCCUUUUGAUAUAUUUAGUAGGUUUUGUAUUUGCUGGUGUUUCUUUCUUUGGGAUUAUUUUCUCUUAUAUACAAAUUGUCUCCUCUAUUUUGAGGAUCCCAUCAGUGGGGGGAAGGUGUAAAGCUUUUUCUACCUGUGCAUCUCAUCUCUCAGUGGUGACCUUGUUCUAUGGGACAGCUUUUAUAGUGUACUUGAGUUCUACUGUUAUGGACUCUCCCAUUAAGAAUAUAGUGGCUUCAGUGAUGUACACUGUGAUCCCACAAAUGCUGAACCCCUUUAUCUACAGUUUGAGAAACAGAGAAAUGAAAGUCGCUUUGAGGAAGCUUAUCCCUGCAAUACCUCUUCUCUAG